AUGUUUCGUCCCACAUUCGAUGGUGGACUUUCAGAAAGGCGAAAGAUGAACAUGGACUAUGCAUUAAGUCAAGUGCUCAACUAUAAGACAGACGGAAUCUCUCGCGCCAUUACAUUCUAUGACAUAAAUUGUCAGUAUAACAAGUAUUUGAAGGACCGGAUCGCUUCAAGCAUGUAUCUUUCCAUCCCCAUCGGUAUGGAUAUCAUUCCCGGAAUAGGUUUGUGGCAUGUCCAUGGACAUCAAGACAGCUGCUUUGUCCGGUAUGCAUCGAAUUUCAUCCAUGGCACCGGCAGGAUAGAUGGAGAGAUCAUGGAGACCCUCUGGGCUCCUAUGAAUAUAAUCUCUCCAUCGGCCAGGGGCAUGGGAACUCCUCAUCGCAAGGAGGUAUUGGAUUAUCAGUUGAAUGAUUGCAACUUCAUGAAAAUGAUUCAUAUAACCAAGUUUCUGUCCAGGAAGUUGAAAGAGGCUAUCAAGGGUGCUGCGGAGAGCAAACUUGCGUUUGAUAAUCUCAAUGAGACAGCCCAGCCUGACAUGGUCAUUAUAUGGAAGGAAGAGGAGGCACUCGCUCAUGCAAACAGAGCGGAGGAUCCUGCAGCUAUGGACAUCUAUGAGGUCCGGUUGGAAAGGGGCAAGUCUCCAACAAGAAAACAGCAGGAGUUGCACCUGUUGCAGGCUCAAAAUUGCCCUGAACAUCCAGUCAUCAACCCCCCCAGUCGACGAGGAGCUGCCACUUGGCUUGCAACCGGUCUCACUAUAGAGGAAUCCCAAGUAUCUCUCUCCAGGGAUAUUACGAGCUUUCUGGAGAUGGCACCUACUUAUCUUGGAGUUGAUGUCGAUGUCAAUGACCCGGAGUUUCCGGUGAUUGUUCGCAAUUCACUCAAUGAUAAUUAUGAAGAUUACUCUGAUAUCGACGAAGAUCAAAAUCCCGGUCCGGACAUUCACGAUGCUUCCAUAUUUCAACUGGAGCUCACCGUCAUACCUCUGCCAUCCAACAUUGGUGAAGUGAGGUGCAGGGAGUUAGGUCUCACCAAUCUCAUGAAAGAAGAAAUUGCCCUACGAGAAGGCCAGGCCAAUGACGCACUCCAUGCCAUUAGAGUUCAUUUAGGGGAUAAAGCUGUUAUAUUCCGCAAUACUUUGGCGAAGCUCCCUGACCAUGACCUCUUGAAGAAAUAUCUUCCUUUGAAGAAAGAAGACCUGAAGGCCAGCUCUGCAGUGGCUGAUCCAAAUGCACGUGGUCAAAGGGAUACCACUCUUUCAUGGUUCUGGUCCUUGGAUGUUCAGGGAGACACAUCCAGAAAUGAUUGGAUGACAGAAUUUUACCGGGUUAAUUGGCUCCGGAUGAAAGCACUGUGCAACCAGUGGAACGAGGAGGUUAUUAUUGUCAAACAUGAAAUGCAGUGGUCAAUUAAUUUCUUUAAACAUCAAGCCAAGCAAUGGCUCGGUCACAUGCACAAUGCAACUGCUGCAGGGCUCACCGGACAUACAUGUUAUGCUGCCCGACAAUCUCACAUAUAUGACCAACUAGCGGCACAUGCAGAGGAUUCUUUUCGCAAAAUGAUUGUUCAGCUACAAGUACCGGUACCAGUUGAGAUGGUUGGUGGUACCAGUUAG